GGGAAGGGGCCCCGGGGGCCCCGCCCCAACCAUUGUGCCGCGGGAGCCGGCGAGCGAGCGGCGUGGCGCAGGCCAAUCAGGACGCGGGAUGCAAAUGAGCAGGUCCCCGGGCGGCCCCGAGCUGCUCGGACGCCCUGCGGAGGGCUCGGACUGCAGCGGAGCGCGCGCCCAGGGGUCACCGACUUGAGAGGAAUCUGCGGUUUCACCGCAGAACCGAAGAGAGAGGAGGAGGGCAGCGACCCGGCCAUCGGCACCAUGGCCCGCUGCCGCCACCAUUCGGGCUACCUGGCGGACGAUGAGGCCGGCCACCCUACCUACGUGGCCCGGGUGCAGCCACCUAAGAAGUCACUGUUCUCCGAAAUGGGCCACGCCUCCAAGCCCGGCCACAGGCCACACCCGCCUCCCUCGCAUGACCCCUCACGUAGUUCAGGCCGCCGCAGAAACCCUAAGGGCCCUCGACCCUUUACGAGCUUCCUGGAUUUCCUUGUCGAGGGUCAGGUGCUGGAAAGCCUGCAGACGGUGGUGGAGGAGGCAACGGAGCGCAUGGCCACCGUGAAGACCGAGGCGGGGGUGCCGCUGGUGGAAGUGCAGGACGCCGCGGAGGAGCCGAGGGGCGGGCGCCGGGCGCGGGCCCGGCCCAGCCUCAGCACCCUGCGCCGGCACCGCGCCCGGCCCGGUCUCUGCGUGGGGCGCCCCAACAAUUACCCCUCCCGCUCCAGCUCCAUGUCCGACUCCCGCAGCAGCUGCACGGCCGCCAACUGGCCGGGCUGCCACAGCGGGGACAGCCACCUGGGCGCCCGGGGCCAGGGCCGACUGCCGCCCGUGACAGACCAACUCCUGCUGGAGAAGAGCCUCAGACGGCUGGUGCAGCUGGAGAGCCGAGGGAGAGGCCUGGGGCAGGCCUCCUCCCACGGGGACUCGCAGCUGUGGGACUCACUGGACAGCCAGAGCAGCAGCCACUGGACCGUGGAGCAGCCCCUGUCGUGGUUCUCAGGCCCGCUGGGCUCGAGCUGGGACACGCACGAGUCGUCAGAGCCGGGGCCCAUGGAGCGCGAGCUGGGCCUCCUCAGGCGGCAGCUGAACAAGGAGAUGAGAUCCCUGCUGAGCCAGCCGGCGUCGUUUGAGCUGCCCGGCUACUCUGCGCUCCGCGAGCCCCAUCGGACCCUGGACUUCCUGGCCGAGCACCACCUCUUCCCCGCCCUGCAGAACGUGGUCAACCGGGCCGUGGAGAAGCUCAGCGGCGCUCGCCGCCGUGACGGCGGCCCGCUCUUCCCGUCGGAAUGGGAGACGGCCCGGGAGUCCGGCUCCAAGAUGGCCACGCCCACGGACGGGGAGGCGCUCUACGAGUCGCCGCCCAGCACGGCCUCCAGCCCCCGGACCGAGCAAACGAAGAGCAAGUACCAGGGUCGCGGCAAGGCCCAGGAAGGGGGCACUCCCGUGCCUAGCCCUCAAGUGGCCACCAGGUUCCGGCUUGAAGUGACAGCCACGGAAGAGCCCCGGGUUUCAACAUCCCUACCCAGGCACGAGGGGCUGGACCCGGACCCCAGGAGCCCCGACUACAAGUUCAGCAAGAAGCUGCUGCCCUCCAUCCUGUCCAAGUCCAGCACCGUGUCCCAGCUCUCCGACCCCUGGCAUGAGGAACUUGUCGACUACCUGAAGGAUCAGGCUGUGUCCCUGCUCAUCCACAAGUACAGCUUUGAGAAGAACCUCACUGACCAGCUGGGCUUCAUCUCCUUCCCAGUCACCGAGGCGCUCAUGGACCUCUUCCUGGGCUUCAAGAAGGUGGAGGGCUCACGCAUCCGCCUGUCCUCCACAGUCGACUGGCACUGCUUUCUGCGCAGGCUGGAGGAGGGCAAGUCCAGCCGGCGCUCAUCCCGGCUGGCGUUCCGGGCCCCCUCCCGACUGACCUCCCAGCACAGCACCCCCCGGAAAGGCUCGGGGAACCCCGCCACGCCCUCCGAGGCCUCCGUCAGGGGCCGCAGGAUCCAGGACAAGCCCACAGGGUCCUCCCGCCUUGACAGGAGACCCCAGGGCUCCCGGCCACACCGCCCGCAGGAGCGCUCCAGGCCCCUGAAGGCCAAGCGAUUCCUGUCCCCCACCAACGCCGGUGUGGCCUCCCAUCCAUCCGAGCAGAGAGUGGAUAUGGAGGACCAGCAGAGCAUUGAGGAGGAAGACAAAGAGGAGGAGGAGGAGGAGCAGGAGGAGGAGGAGGAGGAGGAAGACUUCUUUGGAGAUGAGGGCCAGCCCCAGAGCUCCCAGGAGCCUCCAGGGGAGGCUACAAUCAGCUCCCCCAUGGCAGGCUCCAGGGCAGGCCCCAGUGACCCCCCGUGAGGCCCCAUGCGGCCUCACCAGGCACUCCAUGGCCCACUCUUCCUGCCCCCGCUGGCCACUGCUGUCCCACCUGCCCUGCCCGAGUAGAGGCCAGAAUGGCUGGUACCCAUGAGGAGCUCCGCUGAGCCUCUCGUGGGAGCCAACAGGAGAAAUAAAGCUUGUGUUGACAGAGCAGUUUGCCUGUCAGAGAUCUCAGCCAUCCUUCCACACACGCGCCCCCCACCCCCACAGG